AUGAUGUCGUCUGAGUCUUCCAAAGUGCAGGUGGAAUAUAUUAGUGAGGAUAAAAUUAUCAAGGAGGCAAGUGGCAAUCAGUCUCCUCUAGCACUCCUGGCGGCCACGUGUAGCCGUCUCGGCGCCGCCAACAUGGGGCCCGACCAACAACAACAGGACAAGGACCAACAACAACAACAGCAACAACAACACUUUAGCCCACAACAGCAGCAGCAACAACAGCAACAACAACAACAAGCUCAACAACAGCAACAGGCUCAACAGCAGCAACAAGCACAACAACAGCAAGCUCAACAACAAGCGCAACAGCAGCAACAACAACAACAACAACAAGCUCAACAGCAACAACAGCAACAAGUCCACCAGGCUCAACUCGUUCAGCAACAAGUGCAAGGAGAUGCGGCAACUCUUGCUGCUAUUCAACAACAAUAUUUACAACAACAACCUCAGCUAAGGGUCAUUAGUACCGCUGUUGUGCAGCAACUCAGAGCUCAAGGAUUAACGGGUAGUGAAUUAUCAGCGGCAAUAGUAAACGCAGCCAGUACAGUGCCUAACGGUAUCCAAGUGCAACAGCCGCAGGUGAUAUCGAUGCAACAACUUCAGUCGCUGUUAGGCGGUGGCGUAGUCUCGGGGGGAGAUGGCGCCACGUAUCAAAAUGCACCGCAACAGCUGCUGCAGAUCCAUCCGCAAUUAUUACAGCAACAAGGCGGUGUUUACGGGGGAUGCCUCGUAGGUGGAGUGGGGGGAGUCGCCCCCAUGCAAGCCGUCACUGUGGAUGGACAAGAAGCUCUCUUUAUACCCGCACAGCACGCACAGAACUUUUCCGGCAUGGGUCAAGUGAGUCUGGUUAACGGACAACUGGUGAGGACUCCGGUCCUUCCAGCCGGAUUUCUCCAAAAUGUCAUGCACCUACCUGCUGGCGGUGGCGUAGCGGUGCGCGGCGGCGUGGGCGGGGUGGGCGGCGUGGGCAGCGUGGGCAUGGUGCCCGUGCAGGUGCCGGUGAGCGUGGGCAACGGCCACACCGUGUACCAAACCGUGCACGUGCCGCUGCACGCGCCGCACCACCUGCAGAUCAUACCGCAGCUGCAGCAGAUGCAAGCACAACCUCAAGUCGCAAACGUCCUAACUCCGUCAGGCCAAAUACAACAAAUACAAAUAGCGUCGCUUGGAAAUGUGCAGCCCAGCGCUGGGACGCAGGCGGCGGCCAGUGCGGCUCAGACGCCCGCCACCAUCACGCUGCAGGCGGUAUCCAACCCGAUGCAAGCGGACUCUAGCGGUAUGCAACAGCAACCGCAGAUACUGACCAGCACAGGGCAGCAGGUCACCGUCAUACCGGCCGGGACCAACGUGCGGAACGUUGUGCAGGUUCCAACGCUGGGUGUGGGCGGACUCGGCGGCGCUGUGCAGCUGGUGCCGGCGGUAAUGCCGGGCGUGCAGCUUGCGCAAAUGCAGCAGCAGCCACAGCAGCAGCAACAGCAGACACAGCAGCAACCUGUUAUUGAAACAACAACUUACACGGGCCAGCAAAUCCAGCAGGACUCGAAUGAGCCAGGCAAAUGGCAGGUGGUGACCGUCAGUAAUGCUGCGGGCGGCGAGUGCGAGAACAAAAUGCGCGCCGCCAGCCCCACCGGCAAGCGACUAAUGAAGCGCGUAGCUUGCACUUGCCCCAACUGCGACCAGGGCGAGAACCGUCUAGUGGACCGUAAGAAGCAGCAUGUGUGCCACAUCCCAGGCUGCAACAAGGUGUAUGGUAAGACGUCACAUCUCAGGGCGCAUUUGCGAUGGCAUUCUGGCGAGCGGCCAUUCCUAUGCAACUGGCUCUUCUGUGGUAAAAGAUUUACUCGCUCUGAUGAGCUGCAGAGGCAUAGAAGAACGCACACAGGAGAGAAACGCUUCGAGUGUCCCGAGUGCAGCAAACGUUUCAUGAGGUCUGAUCACCUCGCGAAACAUGUCCGAAUACACACGAAAAAUAGAAUUACGGAAGUGGCAACAUCAACACAAUCUAUGUACUCGGACUCCGGUGAGGACAGCUGUGACGAUAAGAUGAUGCUCACCAUAGAAACCAUCCACACUGCGGGCGAGGGUGACGAGAAGCUGGUGAUGAUCCGGCCCGGUGCGAAACUCGAACCCGAACACGCUGACAGCUAG